AUGAAACGGAAGACGGGAACAGUCAUUAGAGAAGUGGCGGACCACGACGUGGACAUCGCUGCCCCCAGCCAGACCCACUUCUCCGAACAAAUCCAAUUGAAACACGUGAGUGCCAGCCACACCCUCCUCUGCAGUGGACACCCAAAGGCAGAGCGACGUAACAUAGGUGUCGUUUUUGUCAUCUGGAACGUCAUCGUGGGACGACUGCUCUGUCUGCCGCAGUGCAUCAACGACUGCCCCUUUGGGGAGUUAAAGUCGCCAACGUCAUCAAUGCCUGCGUACCCCCAAAGAUUAGCUCUGACGGGGUAAGGAAUAAAUUUUUCAGCAACCUACCCUCCCCUCUGGAGACUGUGUUGAAGUCGAAUGAGUCACUUGUUGUUGGUGACUUAAAUAUCCGCGUCGAGACAGACCACGAUGCCUAAAAGGAAGUUCUGGUUUGCCAUGGUCUCGGCGACUAAAGCAAGAAUGCGUCUCCCCCUCCACAAAACUUUGCAGAACAGCAGCUCCUCCGGACCAACACUUUGCGCCUUCGGGCUCAAGGAGAGUCUACCUGGAUGCACUUCCGAUCUCGACUCUGGCAGCUGCUAGAUUAAGACCAAGGCAAUCUGCUACGCCGACGGAUCGUUGGAUCACUACCUCGUCCUCUUCAAGAUGAGGCUCCGACUGUAACCUCACGGGAGACCACCAGACAAGUUAAACACUAAUCUGUUGAGUUUGUCUGAUCACCGCUUCGACUGGGCCAAUCAAGUCGCCAACAAAAUAGAAGACAUGCAGGCUCCAAAUGGCACCGUCGCCAUGAAGUAUAGUUGUACCGACUUCGGAACAUCAUUCACGUCCUCGCCUUCAACGUUCUCGUUCGUGCACGGCGUCAACACCAGGACCAGUCUGACGACGACUAGGAAAUCAGCUGUUUGCUCGCCGAGAAAAAAGGGCUGUUCAAUUUCUAUGGAAAAUUUUGAACUUAAGCUAACAGGGCGGUCUCCUUCGGAUGUGGUCGUCUUGGGCAGCAUUCGGCUGUGAGAGAUGCGAAAUUCGUGAAUGGGUCGUAAGGCCAAAGAAAUUCAAGGGUACGUAAAUAUCAAAGAAACAAAGAAUAUCUUCCCGUCAAUCACGGAAUACUACCCUCAAUCCCCCCACCACCAUCCCUACCAAGGCAACCAUAUUGCUGCUCAGAUUCGACGGAAUAGCGCUCCUCAUAAACAAAUCUCAGAUUCUAAAGAGCUGGGCUGAGUAUUACAAAGCCGUCCUCCACCGUCCACCCACGAACUCCGGCGCCGCCAUUGACCGGUUCCCUCAAGCAGAAACGAACAACGACCUGGACCUCCAGCCUUCUACCGCAGAAACUGUCAGAGCUGUACCCGAACUAUCCUGUGGUAAAGGUGAGGGAUCUGUAGCGAUCUCUGCCGAACUCUACGAGCAUGAUGACCCCCAACGUAAAACGGAAUACCAGGGGAUGUGGCACGGGGGACAGAUUAAUAUAGGCAUCAAAGACACCAACGUCGGCUCUCUCCACAAUCAGAAGGGGAGUCAGCAAGUCUGUAAUAAUCACGGAGGAACGUGGCUGCUGACCUAUACUGACAUCGUUGGUAACAUUUUCUCCACUCUUCUCAAGCUUCCAGACGAAGCUCCGGAACAACCAACCUAUCACAAGAGAAGUCCCAAGAAAUGCACACCAAAAUGUAAGCUAUAUUCGUGGAUCUGAGUAAAGCAUUCGUCACACUGAAUACUGAUGACUCUGAAAAUUAUUCAGAAAUUAGGUCGGCCGAGAAAAUUCACGUACAUGUUUCGUCAGCUUCCCAGCGGAAUGAUGGCGAGCAUCAGGGAUGAGAAGACUAUCUCAGAACCAUUCCUAAUAAUCAAUGCAGUCAAACAGGACUGUGUACUCACUGCCACACUAUUCAGUCUCCUGUUCUCUGCCAUACUGAUGGAUGCCUACUGUGAUGUGCUCCCUGUGAUCAUUAUUGUCUACCGGACCGAUGACCAGCUUCUCUAUACCCGAAACGAGCAGACCCAACUGAAUGACUGGGCGCCCAACACCGCGACAGAACCGGGUGUGCGAUGCAACGUGAAUCGCUUUGUCGCCGACUGUGCACACUUCGGACUGACCAACAUGGACAAAACGGUGGUUAAAACAUCAGCUGCCACGCGACUCUGAACACAACUCCACGUGCGUCACUGCAAACUGCACUACAAACUAUACUCAACUUCACCUAUUUAGACAGUGCACUCGUGUGCAACACAAGAAAUCGAGGAUGAAUUUGCGCACCGGAUCUCCGAAUUCCGUUAUGCUUUCAGUCGGCAUCAGAACUCAUUGUGGUAUUGUUAUAACACGUCUGAACCCCAAGCAGAAGAUGUGCGAACUAUCAUUUUGCCAACAUUGCAAUUUCGAAUGGAAGCGUGGAGAGUCUGAGUUAACCAAGCGAGGAGACUCAGGUCACCUCGUGAGCAGGAAUGAAAGGCGCCGACCAAAGUGAGCCUUCUACGGAGAUGUUGCUACGGUGCCUGCCGACAAGGAGGAAAAGAAGAGGCGCUACAAGAACACUCUGGAAGCGUCUGUAAACCAACUGUAAGCCGAAGCAGAGACCUGGAAGUAUCUGGCCCAGGAUGGAUCAGCCUGGAGAAGAGCAGUGAAGACUUAAGCAGCAAUCGAAGAUGUUAACCGAAUCGACGCUGUCAGAGCCAAAAGAGUGGCUCACACCUCUCAAGCACCUCCAACCCACAACGCCAACAUCUGAAAGUUUGUAACUCGUCCAGGCUGGCAAUGAACCUCCUAGCGCGUGAAUCGACCUCAUUGGACAUCUCCGGACCCGGUGCAAGCACAUCCACUCAACUCCACCCGUUGCCUCCGCGAACGCCUCCACAUGCAUCCUUGUAAUAACCCCUAACGCAUCCGCGACGGCGACCACCCCUACCACUGGUGAUCAUACUCCUAACUUCAUGUCAUGUCCCGAUCACACCCUCCAUCUUCCAGCCACAACCACGGCGACGACGAUUACCACCUCUUCUGCUCCAGCCAUCGACGAGAAUACUCCCAACGUACGUCAACCCCUACCAUCUCCACUCCCCCAUCAAUGCAACCUCGAACCCAUCAUGACCUCGUUGUGAUCGCACCUUCACAUCCGACAUCGGCCUUCUCGGUCAAUUACGAAUCCAUCGCACAGAGACUGACGAACCGGUGCUCGGAUCAUCGAAAUACACCUGUUGUCAUUGCCUCAACUCUCCGCAUUAAGCCCGAACCUUCCACCAUCACAUAG